UGGGGUGCAUAGUAGUAAACAUACUUGAUGACAGCGAUGUUGACGGGGGCCGUCGUGGUGGCCCGAUAGACGAGACUUUCAGCGGAAGCAGCCAUGAUGGAUGUAGAAGUCGGUUGAACCAAAAUUCAGAGGUCAAUGGUCAAUGAAGCGUCGAAGAGUCGAAGAUAUAAGUAUCCAAGAGGCAGGGGGGCACACGGGACGGAGGGGAAUGUAUGGAUUUCCCCGUUGGGCAAAGAGACUGAGGGGCUCUUUUUGUUGCUCGGAAUUGAAGGCGGUGAGCUGCCAUUUUUUCUCCGCCUUUUCGGAGUUGUCCGCUUUUUCAGUUGAAGUUCCUGGAUUCCAUCCUCGAUUAUAUCUUCGUACUUCUCAUUCGCCAGACACCCCCAGCACGGUCUUGUCACAUCACCGUCCCUUUAACCCACCCUCCUAUAUAUCUCUUCCUCACUCAUGGGCGCCGGUGCCAGUACGCCUUCACCCGAGCCUGCAGCUGCAGCAGCCGGAGCAUGCCCUGUUGAUCACAAAACUCGCGAGGCAUGGCUGCAACAACACAAAGCUUCCGGAGGCGCUCCUCCUCACCCCAUGCCUACAGAAGACGCUCAAUCGAAGGCUAAAAUGCAACGUCCGCUCUCCACCGAUCGCGAGAUCAGUAGCAUACCGCGAGCGAUCGAUACUCAAUCCCAGCCGUCACCUUCCGCAUCACCCAGCGCUCCGCCCUCUCCAUACUCGUCUCCGAGCGCAUCGCAUGGCGCACCAUCGAACGACGAGGCCGAGACAGGUCACGACCCGAACUCCGGCAAUUGGAUCUAUCCGUCCGAGCGACAAUUCUUUGAAGCGCUGAUGCGCAAGGGCAACACGCCUUCUUCCACAGAAUCGGCCUCUGAGCUGGCCACCACCGUCGCGUCCAUUAUCCCCAUCCACAAUGCCGUCAAUGAGCGUGCAUGGCAGCAGAUCUUGGACUGGGAGAGUCGAGCUCCCGGCAGUGAUCCCGGCAGCAAGAAAUGUGGAGGUCCGAAACUGUACUCUUUCCGGGGUCUGGGCGUUGACCCUCAAUUCUUGAGCCCUCGGGCGCGGGUCAACAACCUGAUGGGCUACCAGCUGCCCUUCGACCGUCAUGAUUGGGUUGUGGAAAGGUGCGGCGGGGAUAGAGUCGAGUACGUUAUCGACUUUUACCAAGGCAAGACAUCGGGAGGGGCCACCGGCACCGGACUGGCCGCCAAUGCUGGGCCGGGUAAGCUGAGCUUUUAUUUGGAUGUCCGACCCAAGUUGAACACCUGGGAGGGCUGUCGGAUGCGUUUCAGUCGCUUUAUGGGACUGUAAGCAGCUCACAGCAUUUUCCUGAUUGGUUUACGGUGCACAUGUACAGGCGAACACAAGGAGUUUCGGUUACGGUCUUGGGGAAAUUUAGCUCGGUGUACAAUCCAUGUAUAACAAGGCUAUGUAUCAUAACAAGCAUAGAAGACAGCACAACCAUUAUAGAUAGUCAAAACAUCCUCUGCUCCAUAAGCGCCGAUUGAUC